AUGUCAGCGAAAGUGCUCAUGGCCAAAGACUUGAAGGACCUGGGAGGCUUCUUUCCCAGUCGUCUUCCGCUUGAAUGGGACCUCUCUGGCCACGGGCUCACCGACAAAUUCUUUGCAGAUCAUUACGCUGCCUUCGUGUCGAAUGUGAAGCUUCACGUUGACGACAUGUUCAGGGUCGGUGGCCUUCCGCUCCAAGGGUCCGUCUGGGCGAUUUCUACUGAACGCAAGAACCGCGACUUGGAGCAUAUCAUCCGAGCGAUUGCCCGGCCAAACCCCUCAGAUCCGAACUCCUGGGAUGAGUUGAUGGUAUGCAACGAGAAGCGCAUGGCAGUGAUGCGGGCGGUCUUCGUGAAGAUUUACUCGGAACAACUGUUCUCCAUGCAGCUCUUCGGGGCAGACGAUACGCAAAGGCGAACACUCGUACGUCAGGAUGAAGAGUUUAUUGGGCAUGAAGGCUUCCGCCGAUCGAAACUGAGAGCCACGACGGUGAGAAUGAUACUUGCUGAGACCCACGGUCUUCCGCCGCUAUUCUGGGCUCAAGUAGACCAAUUUGCCUGCAGGGUUUUCAAGCUCCUUCAUCCCGUUCUGACUUGGGUCAGAAUGACAUGGCCUGAAAACGGAACCAAUCCUUCGAUCCGUUCAAUCUUCCAGAUGAUACACAAGGACACGGCUUAUGCAGCAUGGCUUGCUGUCAAUGUACGAAUGUCACCCACUAUCCUCAAUUUCGACUGGAAACUCCCGGGCGAACGCUACCUCCCAAAACAGGUCGAGGUCUAUCCGGAAGUGUACACGAGGCACCGACGCGAGGUGACAGAACGCGAGUCUAGCGAAGGAUCCCGUUAUGGGAUGGCUCACCCGGGAUGUAACAACCCCAACCCACCAGCGAGAACUGCCAGGGUCAUGAUAUCGGUGGUGCCUCUUGUGCAGAGAAUUAGUAUUGUCGGCGGAGAUAAUGGCGAAGAACCGCUUGGUUUCCAGAAGGCAACUCUGAUAGCACCCAGGGUUGUCUACUACCACGGACUCGACAACGACCAAGACGACGCGGCCCAGUUCAAGGAAGGUCCCCCGAGGUGCUCGACCAGGAGCUUCUUGGUGCGAGCGGUCUGCGUCUACUCCGGUUUCUGUAUGGUGAUAUUGGUCAUUGGUUCGCUAAUCCGGCUGCCCUACUCCGAAAACUUCUGGAACUUGCUCAAUUGA